CAGCUGUUUCGGCCCUCGGUAAUUCUCUAUCUACAACUCAGAUGCCCUCGUCGAGAAAGAUUACCCCUCCUUCACCGUUUCGCUGAAGCCCCGAGAAGCAGAGCUACCUGCAUCAAUUAGUCCUCCACAUUCCUUUGCGUACAAGACAAAACAUACUUCAUCAUGGAGAAUUACAAGAAAUUGGACAAGAUUGGAGAAGGAACAUACGGUGUGGUGUACAAAGCCCUCGAUCUCUUACAUAACGGCCGGGUUGUAGCACUCAAGAAGAUUCGGCUCGAGGCUGAAGAUGAAGGGGUUCCUAGCACUGCCAUUCGUGAGAUUUCGCUUCUCAAAGAGAUGAACGACCCAAAUAUCGUGCGCCUUCUCAACAUUGUGCACGCAGAUGGCCACAAGCUCUACCUCGUCUUUGAGUUCCUCGACCUGGAUUUGAAGAAAUACAUGGAGGCUCUCCCAGUGAGCGAUGGUGGAAGGGGUAAGGCUUUGCCUGAUGGAUCUGGACCAGAUUUGGGAAGACUUGGCCUGGGCGACGCAAUGGUCAAGAAGUUCAUGAGCCAAUUGUGCGAGGGUGUCCGAUACUGCCACAGCCACCGGGUUCUACACCGAGACCUUAAGCCUCAGAACUUGCUUAUUGAUCGCGAAGGUAAUCUCAAGCUGGCAGAUUUCGGUCUUGCUCGAGCAUUCGGCGUCCCUCUGAGAACUUACACGCAUGAGGUGGUCACUCUAUGGUACCGAGCGCCAGAAAUUCUGCUAGGUGGACGUCAAUAUUCUACUGGUGUUGACAUGUGGUCCGUUGGAUGUAUCUUUGCCGAGAUGUGCACACGAAAGCCCCUCUUCCCAGGAGAUUCCGAAAUCGAUGAAAUCUUCAAGAUCUUCCGACUUUUGGGCACACCCACUGAGGCCGAAUGGCCUGGUGUAUCGGACAAAACCUGCUUCCCGGAUUUCAAAUCCUCCUUUCCAAAAUGGCAACGCGAUAUGUCUCAACCACUCUGUACAAACCUCGACGAACACGGACUUGACCUUCUGGAGAUGAUGCUUGUCUAUGAUCCCGCCGGUCGUAUAUCUGCCAAACAAGCCUGCAUGCACCCUUAUUUCGAGGAAGGCAGUGCUGCGUAUUCAGGUCGCGGUGUCGGCCCUACGUUCAAGAAUGGCUACCAUUAAACGCUUCCUGGUAUGUGGAGUUAGAUCACGAGUUGAAUGAAUGAAUGGGACGAUGGAUGAGAGAUGACCGGAGAUAGCUUACAGCAUAGCUUAGGCUUCAGGAUAGAUAACGAAAAGAUACAGGAAGGUAAUUACAGCAGCAUGCCUGCUUGCAAGCCAACUUUUCCUUUGUCUUGGAGGCUCUCUCAAGCAUGUCACUCUGUCCUUGCUCUCCUGAUUUUAUUGGUAAAGAAAUGGCAACGGACGGGGGGCAGGUUGGCGUCAUCUGGCGGGAGUGGUCGGAUUGAUAUCACAAUGGCUUCUCUUCUAGUGUACAGAAAGUAAG